AUGGCUUCGCACGGCGUGGCUGUGACGCGGAGAUCGGGUCUCGUGCUCGCUGCAAUGGCUGCUCUCAUGCUCUUAGGGCUGCCGCCGGUCGCCAGCCAGCUGCAAGCAGCGGCCCCUCCGGCAGACCCGUGUGUGGCGAAAAAGUGUGGCGCCAAUGCGGUGUGCGUUAAGGAGAAAGGCAGUGCCAGAUGCGUCUGCAACGUUGGAUUCUCCAUGACCCCCACCGGCUGUGUUGCUGCUGGUGAGUGCUGCGGUGACCCAUGCGUGCUCAAGGCGUGUGGCGUCAACGGCAAGUGCAUCAAGGACAGUGCUGGAGUGGCGUCCUGCGUGUGUGACGCUGGCUUUGUGCUGCAGGCUGACAAGACUACAUGCAGCGACACAUGCGCGCUCAAGGCGUGUGGCAGCAACGGCAAGUGCACCAAGGACAGUGCUGGAGUGGCGUCCUGUAUGUGUGACACUGGCUUCGCACUGCAGGCUGAUGGCGUCACAUGCACCGUGUCCCCUCACUCGCGCAACUCUCUCUCCUCUCCCCCCCUUUCCCCAGACGCAUGCUCGCUCAAGGCGUGUGGCAGCAACAGCAAGUGCGUCAAGGACAGUGCUGGAGUGGCGUCCUGCGUGUGCAACACUGGCUUUGUGCUGCAGGCUGACAAGACUACAUGUGCUGACACAUGCACACUCAAGGCGUGUGGCAGCAACGGCAAGUGCACCAAGGACAGUGCUGGAGCGGCGUCCUGCGUGUGUGACACUGGCUUUGUGCUGCAGGCGGAUGGCAAGACGUGCACUGACACAUGCGUUUCCAAAGGGUGUGGCGGCAACGGCACGUGCAGCAAGAAUGUUGCUGGAGUGGCGUCCUGCGUGUGCAACGCUGGCUUCGUGCUGCAAGCUGACAAGAUAACAUGCACCGAUACGUGCGUCAUCAAGAACUGUGGUGCCAAUGCGAAUUGUGUAAAGGACGCUCAAGGCGUUGCAUCCUGUGUUUGCAAAACGGGCUUCCAGAUGGUGAACGGCGCUUGCACUGACACCUGCACGAUCAAGAACUGUGGUGCGAACGGCCGGUGCAUCAAGGACGCCACCACUGGAGCAGCGUCCUGUGUGUGUGACACUGGCUUUGUGCUGCAGGCGGAUGGCAAGACGUGCACUGUCUCCUCGUCGCCAGACACAUGCGUGCUCAAGGCGUGUGGCAGCAACAGCACGUGCAUCAAGGACAGUGCAGGGGUAGCGUCCUGCGUGUGCAACACUGGCUUGGUGCUGCAGGGUGACAAGGUUACAUGCACCGUCCUUUCCCAUAUCCUUUGUCUACCCUCAUUUGCCCAACCCCACCUCGCUCGCCCAACUCCCUCCCCUCUGUCUCCUCUUCCCCUCUGUCUCCUCUUCCCCUCUGUCUCCUCUUCCCCUCUGUCUCCUGUUCCCCUCUGUCUCCUCUUCCCCUCUGUCUCCUCUCCCCCUCUGUCUCCUCUUCCCCUCUGUCUCCUCUCCCCCUCUGUCUCCUCUUCCCCUCUGUCUCCUCUUCCCCUCUGUCUCCUCUUCCCCUCUGUCUCCUCUUCCCCUCUGUCUCCUCUUCCCCUCUGUCUCCUCUUCCCCUCUGUCUCCUCUUCCCCUCUGUCUCCUCUUCCCCUCUGUCUCCUCUUCCCCUCUGUCUCCUCUUCCCCUCUGUCUCCUCUUCCCCUCUGUCUCCUCUUCCCCUCUGUCUCCUCUUCCCCUCUGUCUCCUCUUCCCCUCUGUCUCCUCUUCCCCUCUGUCUCCUCUUCCCCUCUGUCUCCUCUUCCCCUCUGUCUCCUCUUCCCCUCUGUCUCCUCUUCCCCAGACACAUGCGUGCUCAAGGCGUGUGGCGUCAACGGCAAGUGCAUCAAGGACAGUGCUGGAGUGGCGUCCUGUGUGUGUGACACUGGCUUCGUGCUGCAGGCUGAUGGCGUCACAUGCACCGACACCUGCAAGAUCCAGGACUGUAGUGCAGACGGCCAGUGCAUCAAGGACGCCACCACUGGAGCAGCGUCCUGUGUGUGUGACACUGGCUUUGUGCUGCAGGCAGAUGGCAAGACGUGCAAAGACACCUGCAAGAUCCAGGACUGUAGUGCAGACGGCCAGUGCAUCAAGGACGCCACCACUGGAGCAGCGUCCUGUGUGUGUGACACUGGCUUUGUGCUGCAGGCAGAUGGCAAGACGUGCAAAGACACCUGCAAGAUCCAGGACUGUAGUGCAGACGGCCAGUGCAUCAAGGACGCCACCACUGGAGCAGCGUCCUGUGUGUGUGACACUGGCUUUGUGCUGCAGGCAGAUGGCAAGACGUGCAAAGACACCUGCAAGAUCAAGGACUGUAGUGCGAACGGCCAGUGCAUCAAGGAUGCCACUACUGGAGCAGCGUCCUGUGUGUGUGACAAUGGCUUUACGCUGCAGACAGAUGGCAAGACGUGCGAUGGUAUAUGA